AUAAGAGAGAGAGAGAGAGAGAGAGAGAGAGAGAUGGCAAUGCGUGUAGACCAGUUAUCUAGUUGCAUAUUCAAGCCUGGAAAAUCUACACCACACGUCUCCGCCGUUCGUACGGUGAGAAGGAGUGGAGUGUAUGCAGUUGCAGGUGGGAUCCGAGAACUGUUACAAUCGGGCACCGUUCGGGCCGUGCCGGCCAAGGAUGCAGCCUCCACAUUAAAUGAGGAAGGCUUCCUACUCCUCGACAUACGGCCCGUGUGGGAGAGGGAGAAGGCACGUGUGCCGGGAUCACUGCACGUGCCGAUGUUCGUGGAGGAUACGGAUGUGGGUCCCAUCACACUUCUGAAGAAAUGGGUCCAUUUCGGAUAUAUAGGGUUGUGGACGGGCCAAAAACUGACCACCAUCAACGAUCAGUUUUUAAGCCAGGUUGAGAGCUUGGUUCCUUCCAAGGAUUCUAAGCUGCUUCUUGCCUGUGGAGAAGGCCUCAGAUCUAUGAUGGCCAUCAAAAGGUUGCAUGAGGGGGGCUAUAAGAACUUGGGAUGGUUAGCUGGAGGAUUCAAUCGCUCAAAAGACAAUGAUUUCCCAACCGUCGAAGGAACCACCAAGCUACGAUAUGCCACUAUAGGUGGUGCAUCCUACUACUUUCUCCAAGUGCUUCUACUCUUACAAGCUGUAGACAAAUAGAGCAGUUGAUUGCAGCUGAAGUAAAUGAUGUUUCAUUGCAUUUGUGUACUUGGGUUUUCUUCUCAUUUUUAAUUCUCUACUACCAAUUAUCAAAAUAUCAAGUUGUAAUAAUUAUCGUUAAUAGAUAAAACUGUUUUAUUUGUAUCAGUAAUGUUUGAAUGUCA